AUGGGGCACCUCCAGCAAGCUUCCCCAUCCACCGCCUUGGCAAGACCGGCCCCGGGAUCACCGCCUAGGGUCAUUAGGAUCGACAGCUCGCCCGAGUACUGCCGCGAGCUCGGCGUCACGACGUUGGCCAAAGCGCCACUCGGCUGGGGCUUCAUGACGGGCCAGUAUAAGUCUGCGGACUACUUUGAAGACUAUGAUUUCCGCCGCCAGCUGCCGUGGUUCCCGGGCGACAACUUCAAGAAGAAUACGCAGCUUGUGGAUGAGUUUCCCAUUAAGUGCUUGGAGAAGAGUAUGGAGGCUUUGAAGAUCGUGUUGCGGAAGGAGGAGGAAAAUGAGUUGAGGGCUUUGGUUGAUGCAGCGGAUGUGCAGGGAGAUCAGGGUGCGGCGUUUGGCAGCUACUCUGGUUCGCCGGCUCUCUGA